CGGCUGCGCGCGUGGCGCAGAGCUGCGCGUCGGAAAAAGCCCUUUCGCUCAAGUAAAGCGGGGGAUGCAGGCAGGGAGGCAGGCCGACUGAGGCGUCCCGCCCUCGGCCUCUCGUGGGCAAGAGUCCCGCAGAGACACGGCGGCCUCCCUCAAACCCGCUCCGCUUGCUUCCCUCAGCCCACCCACCCCCCACCACGUUGGGGUGGUUCCUGCCCAACUCCUUGCCCCCUCGGCCCCAAGUAACAGCCACCCCGGACCGUUGCGGAGAGGCUGCCAAGCGAUCCCAAGCCCCGCCUUCCACGCCCGCUGAAUGGCCGGCGCGGCUGCCGCUCAGCCCAGGCCCCUUGCCGCCUGCCGGCCUCCCACGGACCGCGGGGAUGGUGCUGGUGGGACGGGCGCUGAGGGAGCCUUUGGAACCGAGGCGGCGGCGGCGGCGCUGCUGCUGCUUGUGAGGGACGCUUGAGAGACUUCGUUGAGGAGGCGGAGGCCGCCCGUCCUCAGCAUAAAUAUGGCAGAGUUGCUAGAGUUUGAGGGAGCUAUAAACUGGAAAGAAAGAUGCAUAGCUCUAGAAUCCCAGCUGAUGAAAUUUCGCCUCCAAGCAAGCAAAAUUAGAGAGUUGUUAGCAGACAAGAUGCAGCAGCUUGAAAAGCAAGUGAUUGAUGCAGAUCGACAAGCAGAAAAAGCUUUUCAGCAGGUGCAAAUUAUGGAGGAGAAACUAAAAGCUGCUAAUGUCCAAACCAGUGAGUCAGAGACAAGACUAUAUAAGAGAUGUCAAGAUCUGGAGAUACUGGUGCAGGAGAAAGAUGACAUUAUACAUAAUUUGGAAGAGCAGCUUGCAGAACAGAAUCAAAUAAGAAUACAAGAGGCAAAAAUUAUAGAAGAAAAAGCUGCUAAGAUAAAAGAAUGGGUGACUGUCAAGCUCCAUGAGCUAGAAGUGGAAAAUCAGAACCUUCGCAUGUUAAAUCAAAACCACACUGAAGAGAUGAGGAUAUUGCAGACUAAAUUGCAAGAACUUCAGGGGAAGAAAUCUGUUCCUUCAGCACAAAAGCCUGGAGAAGGCCAACGACUGAGCAGUUUGACUUUCGGAUGCUUCUUGAACCGAGCAAGAAGUCCUCAGCAAGUUCCUAAGCCUGACGAUACAAGCAGCUCCUCAUCAAAGCAAGCUGAACUAAGUGAAGGCAAUAGCAAUCUAGAGAAAGAAGUCCAGGAAACAUCUCUUCUUGGCCAAAUGUAUGGGAGUAAUAGAGUUCUGAAACCUCUACAACAUAGCUCUUGUAUGCCAGAACAAAGGCAAGCAGUAAAGUCAAAAGACCUAGAUAGUAAUGUAUCAAAGAACUCCUGCAUUACAGUAAGUGACUGGAGCUCUGAUGAGGAGGAAGGAGGAAAAGGAAGAUCAAAAUCUAGGUGCGUAUCCACUGUUUCAAGUCACACAUCUGAAGAAGGCACAGGCUAUAGCAGAAUUGGAAGUGAAAUGUAUUUGACAGCAUCAGAUGACAGCAGUUCUUUUUUGGAAGAAGAGAGCUUCCAAGCUCAGGGAAACAUAUGCAAAAAACUAUAUUCUUGGCAACAAGGGUCUCCAUGGAAAAACCAGAACCAUCUAGUUGGAAAGAGCAACUUGGAAUCCUUCAGUGAAAAGAAGGAUCAUGAUAGCUUUUCAGAUGAACUGAAUAAGAGGUUUCAGUCCCACAGGCUAGAUUAUUCAUCCUCUUCCAGUGAGGCAAAUACUCCAAGUCCAAUUCUAACGCCAGCUCUAGCUCCUAAGCAUCCAGCACUGAUGCUGGCAGCAGGCGCUGUGUCUGGCAGACAACUUGAUUCUCCAUCUAAUCUGCCGCCUCCAAAACUGAGGACUCCUAGCAUCUUUACUUUCAGUGCAGCAUUGGCAAAAAAACAUUUCAGCCAGCCUCCUCUAUGUUCGGACAAAAUGUUUGGCAGAAACAGAAAUGCUAUAAGCAUGAUACGUCCUUUUAAGCCUCAGGAGACAGACAUAGAUCAAGUGGAUGGGGAAAGUACAGAAGUUUUGGAGAAGAUGGAGAUUAGUUGCAAUGAGGAAUUGUUUACCUAUGACUCCUGCGAGACUCAUUGUGUAGAAGCCUUGGACUCUAAUGAUGCAAGGAAAACUACAAGCAGCAAGCCACCUACUCCUCCACUGCAUCGAUUCCCCUCUUGGGAAAGCAGAAUUUAUGCUGUAGCCAAGUCAGGCUUACGCUUUUCUGAGGCCUUCAACACGGACUCUUUCAAUAAAAGUUCCACCUCUUCAGCUUCAUAUUCCUCAUCAGGACUUUACACAUCGCUAAUCUACAAGAAUGUGACUACACCAGUCUAUACCACUCUUAAAGGGAAAGCAACACAAAUCAGCAACAACCCUUUCUUGGAUGACUCUUCUGGGUCUGAAGAAGAAGACAGUUCCCGAUCCAGUUCACGGACAUCUGAAUCAGACUCUCGAAGCAGAAGUGGCCCAGGUAGUCCACGGGCUAUGAAACGAGGGGUCUCUCUGUCUUCAAUGACCUCAGAAGGCGACUAUGCUAUUCCUCCUGAUGCCUACUCAACAGAUACAGAUUAUUCAGAACCUGAACAGAAAUUGCCUAAAACCUGCUCAUCAUCUAGUGAUAAUGGGAAAAAUGAGCCAUUGGAAAAAUCAGGAUAUUUGUUGAAAAUGGGUGGUAAAGUAAAGACUUGGAAACGACGGUGGUUUGUACUCAAAGGAGGUGAAUUGCUGUACUACAAAUCUCCGAGUGAUGUAAUACGUAAACCCCAAGGUCAGAUUGAACUAAAUGCAUCCAGCCGUAUUGUAAGAGGUGAUGGAAAGCAAACAGUCCAGCUGACCACUGAAAAACGAACCUAUUACUUGACUGCAGAUUCCCCAAACAUAUUAGAAGAAUGGAUCAAAGUUCUGCAGAAUGUUCUUAAAGUACAGGCUGCAAGUCCACUUUUCAUUCAACCAGAUGUCAAACCUGCCAUGAAAGGCUUGCUUACCAAGGUGAAACAUGGAUAUUCGAAGAGAGUGUGGUGUAUGCUGGUUGGAAAAACUUUGUAUUAUUUCCGCAGCCAAGAAGACAAGUUUCCUUUAGGCCAGAUAAAACUUUGGGAGGCUAAAGUUGAAGAAGUUGACCGGUCCUGUGAUUCAGAUGAAGAUUAUGAGGCCAGUGGCCGUAGCCUAUUAUCAACACACUAUACAAUCGUCAUCCACCCUAAAGAACAAGGUCCCACUUACCUUCUUAUAGGAUCCAAGCAUGAGAAGGACACUUGGCUCUAUCAUUUGACAGUUGCUGCUGGAAGCACAAAUAUAAAUGUUGGGACAGAGUUUGAACAGCUUGUCUGCAAGUUGUUAAAUAUCGAAGGUGAACCCACUUCCCAGAUCUGGAGGCACCCUGCACUUUGUCACAGCAAAGAUGGGAUUUCUUCCCCUCUUACAACCCUUCCAUCUGAAGCAUUGCAAACAGAAGCUUUAAAAUUAUUUAAGACUUGCCAGUUGUUUAUAAAUGCUGCAGUGGACUCUCCUGCCAUUGACUACCAUGUAUCUUUGGCCCAAAGUGCUUUACAAGUCUGUCUCACACAUCCAGAGCUUCAAAAUGAAAUCUGUUGCCAGUUGGUUAAGCAGACAAGAAGGCGGCAGCCCCCAAAUCAGAUAGGACCAGUGCAGGCCUGGCAGCUUUUAGCACUCUGCAUUGGACUCUUCCUUCCACAGCACCCAUUCCUUUGGCUCAUCAAACUUCACUUGAAGAAGAAUGCAGAUUCCAGAACUGAAUUUGGAAAAUACGCAAUUUACUGUCAACGAUGUGUGGAAAGGACACAACAGAAUGGUGACAGGGAAGCCAGACCAUCAAGAAUGGAAAUUCUUUCUACACUUCUAAGAAAUCCCUAUCAUCAUUCCUUACCUUUUAGUAUUCCAGUGCAUUUCAUGAAUGGCAUAUACCAGGUUGUUGGCUUUGAUGCUUCUACCACAGUGGAAGAAUUUCUAAACACACUCAAUCAAGACACAGGAAUGAGAAAACCAGCCCAGUCGGGUUUUGCUUUGUUUACUGAUGAUCCUUCUGGCAAAGAUGUAGAACACUGUCUUCAAGGAAACAUCAAGAUCUGUGACAUCAUUUCUCGAUGGGAGCAGGCAUCUAAAGAGCAGCAGCCUGGGAAAUGUGAAGGCACAAGAACAGUGAGACUGACUUACAAAAACAGGCUGUAUUUUUCAGUUCAAAUACGUGGGGAGACAGAAAGGGAAAAGCUGCUGUUGAUGUAUCAGACAAACGAUCAAAUUGUAAAUGGGCUUUUCCCUGUAAACAAAGAGCUGGCACUAGAACUGGCAGCACUUAUGGCACAGGUGGAGAUUGGGGACUUUGAACGACCUUUCUCAACUCCAACAGGGCAAAUCACUUCCCAGUCGAAAUCUAAUCAAACUUUAAAGCAAGUUGUGGAAAAGUUUUACCCCAAAAGAUAUAGGGAUGGUUGUUCAGAAGAACAAUUGAGACAGCUUUGUCAGCGACUGUCAACAAAAUGGAUGGCUCUCCGUGGUCACAGUGCUGCAGACUGUGUGCGCAUUUACCUUGCUGUUGCUCGAAAGUGGCCUUUCUUUGGUGCCAAAUUAUUUGCAGCAAAACCUCUGAUAAUAUCAACAUUGGAGAGUUCUUUGAUAUGGCUUGCUGUUUAUGAAGAUGGCAUAAACAUUCUUGAAUACAGCUCUAUGAGGUUAAUAGUGACAUAUUUAUAUAAGAACCUAAUGACAUUUGGAGGCUAUCAAGAUGACUUCAUGCUGGUGGUCAACAAUGUGCACACACAAGAAAAGCAAACUGAAAAGUUGCUGUUUGCUAUGGCCAAACCAAAGAUUCUUGAGAUUACACUACUGAUUGCUAGUUAUAUUAACAAUUUCCAUCAGCAAAAGGGAGCUGCUAACCACCUUUCUGCUCCAGCGACACUGUCUCCACAGGCAGAAAAACAGAAAACUAAAGACAUAGGGUGUCAUCCAUUUAUGUUGAAGAACAGACCAACCAAAGGACCUACCUUGUUAUGAAAAAAUCAUGUGCCUGUGAAAAUGCAUACUAGCUGAAUGUUUAUGUAUUUUGGGUACAACAUUGGAAAUGGGAAGUCUGACUGAAGUUGGAUGAAAUACUAGUGGUGCUUACCAUGAGCCAAUUCUGCUCCCAUGCAUGACCUCCUUUUUCUCAAUUACUCCAGAGGCACCCAAAGUAUUAGGAAAACCAGACAUAUGGACACAAGCAUUAUAUUUGUCUGCCUGGAUAGGCAGAAGAAACACUGUGAACCUGGUUAAUAAUUAGUAGUUAGAAGUGCAGUGCUUUGAAUACCAAUAGUUUCAUACAUGGUCCUUUUCAGUUUUCUUAACUUGUUCCUGGAAUGAAAACAUCUAAAGCAAACUUCUAAUUAAGCUGUGUGUCAAUUCUGGAAAGAUAACGUAUCAGAUGACAACAGCUACUGUUUGGGGUUAAUAUUGUUCCCAUCAAAGCAUUCCGAAAAGACAUUCCAUAGGCAUUAGAUUUGUGAAAGGUAUUUCUUUUUUUAAUGACAUUUGCUCUUAAAACUGCAAUUGCAGGAGUUCUGCUUAAAAAAAUCAGUUUCAAGGAGGAGAGUGGUAGCAUGUUGAAUCUGAAUGAUGUGCUUUGGGGCCAGAAUGUACCAAGAGAACAAAGGAUAAUUCAGACUGCCUAGUGUGAGGGCAAUUCUUUGACAUUAUUUUUUUAAAAAAAACACACAACAUUAACUUUCAGCUCCAUUAUACGUAAGGAACAGUAGACUUCACACUCCACCUGAAAGUCAUUGAAUGAUAAGUAAUCAAAUGCUGAGGUAUGUAGUGAUGUGCUUUUACAUGUAAAUUGGGUCUAAGUGACACUGCUCAACUUGAAAACUUGCUUAGUGUUUAAAAAGCCUGAUAUCCAGUCUCUAUUUUCAGAUAGAUCUCCCUUCUUUACCUUUUCCAUCAGCUUUCCUUACCUUGUACAGUUGCACCUUGGAAGUCAAACGGAAUCCAUUCCGGAAGUCCAUUCAACUUCCAAAAUGUUCGGAAACCAAAGCGCGGCUUCUGAUAGGCUGCAGGAAGCUCCUGCAGCCAGUUGGAAGCCACGGAAGCCCUUUCGGACAUUUGGGUUCCAAAGAACGUUCGCAAACUGGAACACUCACUUCCAGGUUUGCAGCGUUCAGGAGCCAAAACAUCCGAGUACCUAGGCGUUCUGGAUCCAAGGUACAACUGUACUGUAAAUCUGGUCUCUUAAAUUGGAAGUUUAAAUUGGAAUCCAAGGAGCUUUUCAUUUAUUUAUGUACAAUGACUUGUAGUCACUGUAGAGUAUGAGUAUUGUGUUUGAGCUGAUGCAGAGUAUUGUCAUCAUUGUACACAUGCAGAUUAUCAUUUGAUGCUGAACUCAAGUGAUGGGUAUGUGUGCAUGAACUCUACUUUUAUUUAGCUGUGUAAGAGCAAUACGAAGACAGGAGUGCCUGGCGUGCUGUGGUCCAUGGGGUCAUGAAGAGUCGGACACGACUAAAUGACUAAACAACAACAACAAAGAGCAAUACAGUACUGUUGUUUAAACAAAAGACACAUCUGUCUGGUCAGUUCCUAGUAUUUGGCAAAGAAAAGAAGAGAGUAAUCAUUGGUGCUUUAAAUCACUGCUUUAUAUCGUCAGAGUAAUCUACAGAUCGUAUCAUUCAGGCAAUAUUUAUAAUUUCCUUUGAUAACUAGAAUUAGUGACAAAGCCCCCCCCCCCUUUGAGAAUAUAAACUUUUAAUGAAAUGUACAUAUGAAGUCUCUGCUUUUUAAUGAGUUGAAGGACAUAUUGGGCCUUUUCUCCUUUUAAAGGGUCGUAGAUAAGGUUUUUUUUAAAAAAGAAUGUUUUACAAUAUGGACAGGAUCAGGCAAUGUAAUAGGUACUAAAAACAAAAAAAAGCUUCAGCCAACUAAGAGAGAGCCAGACCUAACUAAUGUACCCCUAACUAAUCAUCUACCCUGUAAUUGCAGAUCCAGUCUGCCAUCUAAUACAAGAUAGCGAAAAAGACAAACACGGGAAUAUAAUGAGCACAGAAAGAGUAUACACCGUGAAAGAUCCCUAAAAUGAGAUAUCUAGAAUUAAAGUGAAUAAUAUAGUGACGAUUAACUAAUGUAUAACCAUAAUUAAAUACUCAAAGAAACAUAAAUAACUCAAAAAACAAACAAAAAAACCCUUUAAAUAACCCAAAGAAACCUUAACGAGUUGCUGGCUAAAAAUCUUGUUUCACUGUAAAUGAUCUAUCAGUUUCCUCAGAAGGAAAAAUACACUUAUUGCAUUCGUAAAAACUCAAGGUCACUUGUCAACAAUUCAAAAUAAGAACUUUAAGGAAAACUGAAAGCUCCCAGGCAGUAAGGGGUAAGUUACCCAAAAUAAAAAGUCCACGUUUUGCUUAAAUCCAAAGUUAAAAAACCUAUAAGAAGAUUCGAAGCCAAGCUAUCAUAGUUUGUGGAAAAGAUUCAGCAAAGGGCUAUGUAAGCUCUCAUAGUCUCUUCACUUUAAUUCUAUAUAUCUCGUUUUAGGGAUCUUUCACAGUGUAGACUCUUUCUGUGCCAUCUAAUACACACAACUUGGGAAUACUGUAGUUAUGCAUAAGGUUGUACCGUUAACCUCCCUGUUCACUUUCUCACUUGUUCAUUAUAAGCCUUUUAAGCUAAAGGGGUGGGGCAGAGAUGACACUCAUAUUUCUUAGCCCCCCCCCCAUUAAAAAAACCCCGUUACUAUACUUGUACAAAACAAUAAAUACUUUUAAAGCUAACCGUUCUAUAUUUUUAUGGAAGGGUUGGGGUUAAAAUACAUUUGCCUCCGCAUCUGCAGGCUCUUCAAUCUCCGAAAUAAACUGAAAGUUUUAUUUAGUAACUGCAAACUAUGAGGUGCUAGUUAAGUUGCUAAAAGUGGUAGAAAGGUUAGAGCAUUUUUCGAUGUAGCCUGCCACCACUGGCAGACCCGUGUGUCAUUUUGUUUUAAUCUGGAAAAUGAAAAUGACACGUCAGAAACCAUGUUAUAUUUAAUUUUAAAAUAUCUAUGUAUAUUCAUGGUUUUUAUCCUACAUAUAAAAUUCUACAUUAGUCGUCAUGUUUGUUGCUUCUCUCAGCACAUGUUAGUAGCAGCCCCCUUAUGUUUCAGUUUUAAAUUAUCGGAGGAAAUUGUUGUAUCAUACAUGACCUCAAUCACUCUGAUCCAGCAGAGGAGAUAUGCACACAUAAGCUGGCUUCUGUGUGCAUACCAUGUGCUGGAUACCAGCAGCAUCAACUUGAUGCACAUUGGGGUGAUCAAUCUGCUUGUGCCGGUCUACUGCAUUGAUUUCAGUAGGAUACACAUGCAUCUCUGCAUUCUUGUACAGCUAGUUUCACAUACAUUUUUUCUCAUGUAACUAGAGCUAGAUUGAGAGAUCUUUAUCAGUGAUUGGUACAGGAGAACCAUUUCUGUAGAGAUGUUUAAACUGUAUGGGUUCCAAUUUAUGUGAUGCACAAAUAAUGAAUUGCUGAAAAAUAACUGCGGUUUGUUAAAUUACGUGUAGUAAAGAAAUAUUGGAACAGAACAGGUACUGAAAGCGAAAAAUAAUAAUUAUAAAACAUUAAUUUAUGUGUAAGAGUAUUUGUAUUUAUUUUGUGGAUAUUUAGCUUUUAAUGCAUAAGGUAUUUUUAUAUGAAUGUAAACCACCUAACAAAUAAAGGCAUUGUCAAGGAAAUCUGUAGUAUUUUAUGAUUGCAGAAUUCAAUUUAUCUGAAAAGGUAUCGUACUUUACAGUCAGUUGGAGGAUGGAUU